AUGAAUUUUUCCCUUUCAAGGCAAAGUUCAGAAAAACAAGUAUCAUAUACAGAUAAGUCAAAAUCUCCUAAUAUAGGAAUGUGUACAAUCAAUUAUAAAUCGAGCCUUCCCCUACGAGUGCCCGCAGUUGAUCAGCUGAGCCCUGGCAGGGGUAUUCAAUUUUAUGGCCACAAUAGCCACAAAAUUGAACAGGAAUGUUAUGAUAGUUCGAAAAUAAACUUACCACCAAUUUCAUCCCUUCUUCCUAAUUUCGAAAAUAGUACACCUGCUAAGGUGGAUUCAAGGGUUCAAUUCCCUCCACAGCAAGUUUACCAAAGCAUGAAUGUAGUACCCAUUGUAAAUGAGGUUUACACGCCAAUUUCUAUGCAUACAACAUCUGAUCAAUACCCUAUCUACUACACGGAGAGUCAGCAACAAAUACCACAUAGCCAACCUGCUCAUUUGACCCCUUCUGCUCCAAUGAUGAUGCCAGUCAUGGUGCCAACUGUGUAUAAACCAUUGGCACCAUACGACAAAGAAUCAAUAACAAUUGGCUCUGAACCAAAUUUCGCUGCAAUAUCAAUGGCGAGUCAUCCAAACACCGCCGUAGAGCUAUGCCACGAUAGACCAAAAUCAGUCCCACCUAGGUAUGGAGUAAUUCCAACUAUUCAGGAAGGAAAUAAUGGUAGAACAAAAAGCGAACCUGGUGCUACACUGAAUACUUCAGCAGCAUUUUCGGAUUGGAAAAAUGACAGCCGAAUAUCCUCCACAAAGCUGAGAAAGCAGUGCCCGGUAUGUGGGAAAAUUUGCUCAAGGCCCUCAACGCUAAAGACGCAUUACUUAAUUCAUACAGGAGAUACUCCUUUCAAGUGCACUUGGGAGGGUUGCUCCAAAUCCUUUAAUGUGAAAAGCAAUAUGCUGAGGCAUUUAAAAAGUCAUGAAAGGAAAAGAAACAAGGUCUUGAACACAACGUAG